AAUCCAAAGAUCGACAUAAAAAAAAAAAUCAGAGAAAGAUUUAGGGAAUUGAAGUGGGGAAUGAUCGCAGUGCAGUGGGUGGGGGUGGAUUAAUUCGCAUCGAUCCAGUGAAUUCAAAGAGCGCGUUGUGGGUGGUGAUGAAAUUCAUGUUCUUUUGAUAUUAGUUUCUUGUUUUUUCGUUGAAUUUGUUGGUUUUUAUUUGGUUGAGAUUUUGAUCUGGGACGUCGUUAGAGAAGUUAGGGUUUUCUGUUUUUCGGUGCGAGAUUGAGAGAGAUAGAGAGAGGUAUUCUUCGUGUGAAAAGUAGGUUCUUGAGCGGAAUUUGGGAGAGUUUUUAGAAGAUGAGGGCGAAUUAUAGCAUGGGGUACCGUUAUGGUGCCUCUUCAUCUACGCUUCCGAAUCCUCAUAUGAUGUCCUUCCAGUCUGGGGCGAUGGACACCAGCACUUCUCUGACCUGCAACCCUGUGGGGUUACCAUCAGGGCAACCCGGCAUGGUAGGGACAUCAUCGCAUGUGGGUAGAACUGGUGAUCCUGGUCCCAGUAAUGUCUUGGCUGGGCCUGGUUCUGGCCUCAAAUGGAACCCAGGGUUGGCUCAGGAGUGGUCUGAAGCGGAAGAUGCACUUUUGAUUGGAGGCCUUUCUAAGUUUGGUAAUGAAUCACCAUUGUCCAAGUAUGUCAAAAUAGCGGCUACCCUGAAAAAUAAGACUGUGAGGGAUGUUGCACUGAGGUGCCAGUGGUUGAAUGAUAAGAGAAAAAUCAAUCGGCGUAAGCCAGAUGAUCAUCAUGUAAAGAAAUUGAAAGACAGAAAGGAAAAAAUGAUUGCUUCUCAAGCAAAUGCGAACAUGGCGACUAUGGCUCCGUACAAUAAGGCCACCUAUUCAGAAAGAACUCAAAGUGAAGUCCCAGUUGGAGAUUUUGUGGCGCAGCUUCUGGAUCAAAAUAAUCAUCUAAUUCAGUCAAUUUUAUCUAAUUCUGGAAACAGACAACAGUCAUUUGGAUUGGCGCAGAUAAAGAAUAACGCUGCUCUCCUAAGUCAUUUGAGGGACAACAUUGUGAUUAUUAAACAUUGGAUGAGCCAAUCUCCGGUGAUGAGCCUUAUGCCUCCUUUGCCAGCAUUGAAGGAAGAGUCUGCCAUAUUUCUUCAGGAAGUUGCAAACAUGGAUUUUCAGUAUGGUGGACUUUGAAGUAAUCAGUUGAAGUAGUGAGGGGGACACUGACAAAUGCUAGUCAAAUUAGUGGACCUUUUUGUUAGAUAAGGUCAAGUGCUCUGUAGAUAGUCUUAUAGAUAUUAAAAAAAAAAAAGAGGAAAUUUUGUUAGGUUUUUUUUUUUAAAACAUUUUGAUCAGAAACACAAUAAAGGCUGUGUCUUGGGCAAA